AUGAUUGAAUUUUGCAUCGAUAAAACAGGUGAAAAUGAUGAAAAUAAUGGGAAAAGUUUUAAUUUCACGACAGAAAAUGAAAAAUGUCUGGAUUUAAAUAAUAAAUUACCUCAGCUUCCAAAAAAAGAAAAAACAGUGGCAAAUAAAUCUAAACUCGAGGAAACUUAUUUGAUAACAAAUUAUAAAAAUGAACCAUUUAAAAAUUUUUAUAACGUAGAAGAUAAUUUAUUAAACUCAACUGUUAAUGUUUGUCUGGAAAAAGAACAUGCCAUUCCGUUUAAAAGAGAAAAAAAUUUAAAACUAGAGAGGAAAAAAUUGAGAGAAAAAACAAAAGGAGAUAAAUGGUACAACAUGCCUGCAACCGAAAUCACUGAUGAAAUAAAAAACGAUAUUGAAGUAUUAAAAAUGAGAUCGAUUUUAGAUAAAAAUCAUUUUUAUAAAAAAAAUGAUGUAAAAAAUAUUUCUAAAUAUUUUCAAGUAGGAACUGUCGUUGAAAAUGCAGCCGAUUUCUAUUGUGGAAGAAUAGCUAAAUCUAAAAGGAAGAAAACGAUAGUCGAUGAAUUAUUAGCAGAUGCAGAAUUGAAAAGUUAUCAAAAGAAAAAAUAUAAAGAAAUUGUAGAUAGUAAUAGAUGGAAAAAUAGACCUGUCAAAAAAAAUAUUUCUCACAAGGAGAAACGUGAGAAAAAAAACAAAAAAACGACGAAUUUGAAAAAAUCACAAAAAAAUUUCCACACCAAUUUAUUUUAA